UCUGAUCUGUAUUUACAGACACCAAUCAAGACAGAUCAAGAAAUUCUAGAAAAUUCCAUGUUAGAAGAUGACCCCAAUGGGAACUCGUCAAUAAAAAGCAAUACCGCAGAAAAGACAUCACCGCGAUGGGGUCCGCAGCAUAAAGGUGCACAAGAGCUAGCGAAUCUCUACAGUCCAGGAAAGCGUGCACAGGAAAUCAUUUGCGUGUAUUCAUGCAUAGCAUUAAUGGUUCUCGACUUUUUUCUAAUAAUUAAACAUUUUCGCACGGAAAGGAUAAGCGUGGCAUUCGUGGCUGCAUUCUGUGGCAUUAUUACAGCGGAUUUCGGGUCGGGUCUAGUGCAUUGGGCGGCGGAUACUUGGGGCUCGGUUGAUUUACCCAUAAUUGGAAAGGCUUUCCUGAGACCAUUCCGUGAACACCACUUGGAUCCUACGUCCAUCACAAGACAUGAUUUUAUUGAGACGAAUGGCGACAAUUUUAUGGUUGCUGUUCCGUUAUUAGCUACAUUAGCUUAUAAAUUUUUAACGCGUAGUAAUCAUGAAAUUCAACAAGACUUUGCGUGGAGUGCGUACUUGUUCCUGUGUUCGAUAUUUGUAGCAAUGACGAAUCAGAUUCACAAGUGGUCUCAUACGUACUGGGCGCUACCCCGCUGGGUGCUAUUCUUGCAGGAGAACCAUAUCAUCCUUCCGCGACGACAUCAUCGCAUCCACCAUGUUGCACCCCACGAGACGUACUUCUGCAUUACUACCGGCUGGCUGAAUUGGCCCCUCGAGAAAAUAAGGUUCUGGCCUAGUCUGGAAAUUGUUAUUGAGUAUCUGACCGGAUACAAACCGCGCGCUGACGACAUGAAGUGGGCGCAGAAAGUCGAUUAGCGAAAAUUCAAUACUUGGAGCCUUUUGUGGUGCUACCGACAUUGGAAUGGACAAAUAUCACGACCCUACCACUUUCAUUGCACAUCGAUUAUUAUUUAUACUCAUUUCAGUAAGCCGUAACCAACCAAACGUUAGAGGAGGCUCUAAUUAGGAGGAGUCAUGAGGAGCGCUGGACCACUUAUUUUUUCGCUAGGAAUUUUUUACACCCUCGAUGUAACGCAUAAGUGCCUUUUUGGUAACUCAUAGCAGGACGCGAUCCACGAUACUUACAACCAGAUAACAGCCAACUAUUAUCAUGCGACUGCAAAUAAACAGAAUAAACUACUAAGUCAUCGCCUAUUACCAUUCUAAAAUGCAAGAGAUGCAUCUUUAUCUUAAUCUUGUGUUUCCAACAACAGCAAAGAACAAAUCCUUAUGCAGAAAAACUGAUACAAAUGUUGCCUUGCUGGUCCUCGGCAAGGUGAGCGACUGCAAGUAUCGCAUGUACAAAUUUAUUUUAGAAAAUAUUGAAGCGUUGAAAAAGGAUUACUCAUUACGGGUACCUACUUGCAUAACUUUCUUGCUUAGCAAGCUUGCACUGAGGUGAUUCAACCGUAGCUGCCUACUCAAUUUGAUAUGUUCUCGGGAUAAGGAACGAGAGAAACACUUUCAUUGUUAGAAAUAUAAAUAAAACGCCUUUAAACAACAUAAAUUUAGUGAUUUAUAAAAAAAAACUAAAAUAUAAACUCUUUAUUGAAAAAUUGACCAAAAUUUUACAAAGCAAAAAUCAAAAAAAUUAAAAAUUGGAACUUAUAUCGCAAAAAGAUUAAUUAAACGAUAUCAAUUUUAUUUAUAACAAAUAAAUU